CGGCUCACACGCUCGCCUCCUCCCUCUAUCCCCGACUCGACCACCACCGCCGCCGCGCGCCAUCGCCGUCGACCACCACCACCCAUGGCGUUCGCGCUCAAGGCCUCAACUGCCUCCGCCGCGGCGGCGUCCACGGCCUCGGCCUCGGCCUCGUCCCUGUCCGUGGCUGCGGCCGCGCCCGGGAGGCGCGGCGGCGCGGCGGGGAGGGUCUCGUUCCGCGGGGUCCCUGCUCCCAUGGUGGCGAUCAGGGCGGAGGCGGCUGCCGUCGGGGAGGACGAGCGCGUCAUCUCCGGCACCUUCGCCAAGCUCAAGGAGCAGGGGAAGACCGCAUUCAUUCCAUUCAUCACUGCUGGUGACCCUGACUUGGCGACUACAGCGAAAGCGUUGAAGAUUCUUGAUGCUUGUGGUUCGGAUCUGAUCGAAUUGGGCGUGCCUUACUCUGACCCAUUGGCUGAUGGCCCCGUCAUUCAGGCUUCUGCUACACGUGCACUAUCAAAAGGCACCACAUUUGAGGAUGUUAUCUCUAUGGUAAAGGAGGUGAUACCUGAGCUGUCCUGCCCUGUAGCGCUUUUCACAUAUUAUAACCCGAUUCUGAAGCGUGGCAUCGCAAACUUCAUGACUGUUGUAAAAGAAGCCGGUGUCCAUGGUCUUGUGGUACCUGAUGUUCCUCUGGAAGAGACAAAUAUUUUGAGGAGUGAAGCUGCUAAGAACAACCUUGAGCUGGUGCUACUGACAACACCAACUACACCAACAGAAAGAAUGGAGAAAAUUACAAAAGCUUCUGAAGGAUUUAUUUAUCUUGUAAGCACUGUUGGAGUUACAGGUGCACGUGCAAAUGUCAGUGGCAAGGUGCAAUCUCUUCUCCAGGAUAUCAAGCAGGUCACGGACAAAGCUGUGGCUGUUGGGUUCGGUAUAUCGACUCCAGAGCAUGUGAAGCAGAUUGCGGGAUGGGGCGCAGAUGGUGUGAUCAUUGGGAGCGCUAUGGUGAGGCAAUUGGGCGAAGCUGCUUCACCCGAAGAAGGAUUGAAGAAGCUAGAAGAGCUAGCCAAGAGCCUGAAGGCUGCAUUGCCCUGAAACAAUCAGUUCCAUGAGGAAAGAAAAUACAGUCCAUUUUUUUGUAGUCAGGUUUGAAGCAUAGUAUUGGGAGCAUGACUUUUGCUAUUGGGGUUUUCGGGGUUACUGUUGUCUGUUGAAAAUAAUUAAGUCAUUGUGUUAGUUGCUUGAACGAAUAAAUCAAGGUAAGAAUGAUACUAAAUGUUGCGAAAAGGGCCUAACACUGUUUUCGCUUUGUCGUUGGUGCAAAUAUCGAAGAGCGGAUAUAAACGGAGAAAAUAAUGUCGUAAUUCA